AUGCGGGAGUCAGUACGCGCGUUUCCAGCAAUCACCGAACAGGAGUUUUCCCACGCAUGUAGUGCACUGGAACAGAGGAGCUCAGACAAGAUCAGCGAUACGAAUUGGUUGAGCGUAAGGUGGACUGGUGAGGAACUGUUGAUUAAAGAGAGACGGAGGAGGGCCUGCAAAAAUGGCAAAAGAGGAGUUCCCAGUGAUGACAAUGACGCGCACACGGAUGAGCUGAUUGAGACUGGCAUAGAAGACUGCAUCGUUAGAGAUAGUGUCGUGCCGAGCGUCGAAAGCGUCGAGCUUCUCAUUGCUGAUUUCUCCAUUACUUUGUCUCCAACCUAUUCUGUGCCGGUGCUUUGGUUUGUAUGCCGAUAUGGCAAAGACGACAAGUCGUUAAGCCUGGAGCAAGUUUAUGAGUGGUUGGUGCCGGAACAUUCACUCGCUUCGGUGCACGAGUUUGGCGUUAUGGGAGGCAUCAGUAUGGCGGUAGGCCAGGUCUUCGGCAAUGUCCUUUCAGGCGCUGACUCCCUUCUCAGCACCACCCUGUCUCAGAUCGGCCGGCCUUCUUCUUACAUCCAUGCAACACACAAGGUGCCCUUUCAGCUCUCGAACCCAACUCCCCCACUCCGGAGGAAUAUCUUGUACUGUGGCUGGGAUUGA